AUGGAUUCGAAUGACCCUCAAACCAUAGGAGAAGACGAGAGCUCGGAAUUCUCCUAUGUUAAAUCAGAAAUAUUGAACAGGAAACCGAGUAAAAUGCUCCAAGAACAAGACUACGAAGAGAAUAAGAAAGAUGACAAAAGCAUUGAUUUAGGAACUCCAGAGGUUGAACAAGAGAAUGACUAUGAAAAUGAGGCAGAGAUAUCUGACUUGAAAGACUCCCUGGUUGUUUCUGUGGAGAGGCACAGGUUACUGCACAAGGAUUCGGCAUCUUUUCUUUCUCAUUCAGAGGGAGAGGAUGACAUUGCAGAACCUGUUUCUAUUCAGCUUGUGAGAAGAGGAACUCUUAGAAGUGUGAAAGAUCAAACAGAUCACCAACAAGACACCGCCUCUGAGGACACCUCUGUGUCGUCAAUUGGAAAACUCAACACCGAACGUUCAUCUAGCACAAGCAAGUUGAAGCCAUUAUUUAGCUUCAAAACAAAAAUCGAUGAAUCUAUUCCACCAAGGUCACCUCGAAGGCCGAAUUCUGACAUUUUGUACUCCCAAAUUUUGUCUGAUCAAUCAAGAAAUGUAAAUACAUUUAGCGAAAUUAUAGCGGGCCACAGAAAGCACGUUUCCUUGAGUAUAAACGAUGAUUUGGAUAGGCUUAUGGAAAGCGCACAGAGCUUGAGGCAAAAUGAUAUAAGGAGUUCCGGUAGCGAUAUUGCUAAUGCCUCCAGUAUAUCUGAAAUACCUGACACGAAUAAGGUGGAAGAAAAAGAGACAAAGAAAGAGGAAGUGAUAAAGAAAGAGGAAGAGAUCGAGGAAGAGGAAGAUAUAAAGAAAGAGGAAUCACAAAUUAAGACAGAUCUCGGUAGCCACCAAAAUGCUGAUAAUUCUAGUUGUGAGACAGGCUCAUAUUAUUCAAAUGAUUCUAGAAAGACAUCGAGCGUAUCCAAGGAAACUUUUCAAACAGCAGAUUUUUCCAAACCAUAUUUGAAACAGCGUUCACAGUCGAGUCAUAACUUGCCACCGCGUCCAUCCCCUGACAAUAUGCAAAGAGCUAGAGAAGUCUCAAAUCAAUUGAGUAAAAACAUUAAUGAACAAUUAGAUACCUCAUCAGACAGAGAUCAGCCUUCAGAUAGUGCUUCAAACAAAUUUCCCGAGCUACAGUCUCCCAAAUCAGUAGUUGAACCGGCACUACCAGAGCCAGCAUCACCCAAUUCCCAAGACAUCAUUCAUGAAAGAGAACAUAAAGAUGUGAAUCCUGUUAUUGGGGAUGAAGAAUAUUAUGACAUUGGCGAGCCCGUUUUAGUCCAUCGUCCUUCACAAGCCAAAUCAGUCAAAGAUGCUACAAAACAACCAAAAACAAAGUCAAAAAAGACACGAGCCAAGAGACCAAAGUCACAUAAUUCGAACCACUCUCUCAAGCCCUUUUCAUAUUCAACCUUAAUCAGCCUACUUGAAAGUACAAAUGGAACCAUUAUUGGAGAGGAAUUUAACCAGUUGAAUUUACCAAUCAAAGAGAAACAAUUAAUCGAGAAAAUUGUCGAUUCUUUAUCUCGUUUGACUCUGGAUAUGGUAAUAGAUCAAUCGAGGUAUGAUAUUGGCAUCAAGAGACUCGAAUUAGCACUUCGUGCCCUAGAAGGCUUUAUAUAA